UCAAAUUAAAAGAUCGAACUCAAUGGCAAACAAUCUCAUCUCCACUUCCACAGCUGCCACCACCUUCAUAGUCGUCCUUCUCUCACUCCUCCUCGCCGGAAAAUCCCAGACUUUCUCAACCAGCUUGCGACGAACAGCGAUGCCACGUGGAAAGCAAAACCUAACACACCUCCAUUUUUUCUACCACAACGUGGUUGGCGGCCCAAAUGCAACCGCCAUUCGGGUGGCUGAAGCCCCAAUUACCAACACUUCCGCCACCGGAUUUGGGGCGGUGAUCAUGGUGGACAACCUCUUGACAGUGGGGCCGGAACCUAACUCUACUCGGGUGGGAAGAGCUCAAGGGAUGUAUGCAUCUGCGGAUUUGAAUAAUAUGAGCUUUAUGAUGGUUCACAACUAUGUGUUUGAUGAAGAAAGGUAUAAUGGAAGCACUUUGAGUAUAUUGGGUCGGAACCCUCUUAAUUCGCCGGUAAGAGAGUUCCCGGUGAUUGGAGGGAGUGGUGUUUUCCGAUUUGCUCGAGGGUAUGCUAAAGCUCGGACUUAUUUUCUAAAUGCGACCAAUCGAGAUGCCAUUGUCGAGUACAAUAUUUAUGUCCUUCAUUAUUGAUAUUAACUUUUCAUUCUUACUUAUUGAUGUUCUUAUUUCUGGUUUUCGGUUCAUGAUAAUUUUAUUUUUAUAUUCUUUAUUAAUGAGUGUACAUUUGUGUAUUUGUUUAUGCUGAAUUAGUUAUUUCUCUUUUAUCAUAAUUUUGUCUCUAUAUUUUUUAGUAAAGUAUUAUUCUUUCACAUUAAUUUUUAUUCAAACAUUAUCCUACUAGAUUAAUACUCAU